GGGAGCAGAGGGUGGUAGCCCAGCCCUGGUGCGCGUACGGCGUGUUGACGAGAGUAAGGCCGAGCACGGUGGGCAGGGAGAACGCUGUGAGAAGCCACUGCAUUGAGGGACACACACACACGCACGCACGCACACACACACACACACACAUGCACACACACACACACACGCACACACACACACACACUAGCACACACACCGGGGGGAGCCAACAAAAAGAUUUACUGAAAAAAAAGACAGCUUUGCCCCGCUUGAAGCUUUUGGGCUCCCUCAACACAGGGCUAGUGGAGGCCCGUCAGGUUUGGACUGGACAAAGCAGAAACGGCAGCCAUGGGAGUCCACAGGACUAAGCAGGUGUCCACUGCAUCGUGGGUGUGUGUUCUCCUGCUGUGCGUCCUCCACUGCCACGCUCAGGACGAGUACUCUGGGUACAACUCAGGUGAGGAAAAUGGUUAUGAAGGCUCGUUGGUUGACCGAUACGAUGAUCGCUCCACAUACCCAAGCCAAGAAUAUCCCCCAGAACCGACCCACACCUAUGAGGAGGAGAACACAGCUUCAGCAUAUGACACCUACGCCCCUGGGCCCUCCGUGGUCACCAUGAUGACCGAGGAGCCUUACCCUUAUGGCACCACCACCGAAACCUACGACUAUGCAAAAGAGGACAAAAUCGAGACGUCCCAGGUGCCGUACGACAACGACGGAUCAAGCGAAGAGACGCUGGAAGAGGAGGGGCCCACGGAGUGCGACUGUCUGCCCGGGGAGCCAGGAUUCGCUGGGUUCGCUGGACCAAAGGGCUCCAGAGGCCUGCAAGGAAAGACAGGAUUCCCAGGAGCUCAAGGACGUCAGGGUUACAAGGGAACCAAAGGAGUGAGAGGAAGAGGAGGUGACCCUGGCCCUGUGGGUGAUUCCGGGCCUGAUGGUGAUGACGGGGAGUCUGGAUUCUCUGGAGCAAUGGGUCUGCCUGGUCCACCAGGUGACAGGGGCGAGUCUGGGAUCUUUGGCCUGAAGGGUGACAUCGGAAUAGAAGGCCCGCGGGGAGGUGUUGGUGAUCCCGGGGAUGUGGGCCCAAUUGGUCCACCUGGAACCACUGGAAGUAGAGGAGCUAAAGGUGUUAAGGGAUCCAUUGGUAAAACUGGCAAGCAGGGUCCAGAGGGGAGAGAAGGAUUCAAGGGCCAGAUUGGAGCCCCUGGAUUCUCAGGAGACCAUGGAGAGCAGGGCUACAACGGUUACCCUGGAGAAACAGGUAGCCAAGGAGAGCCGGGUCCCAAGGGAGACCAGGGUUUUGGAGGUCUACCAGGAAGUGAUGGGGAACCUGGAGAGGAUGGUCCUCUUGGUGUUCCUGGGGUCAUGGGCGUACCAGGGGCUUUUGGACCUAAGGGGGUGAAAGGUGACCGUGGUCCAAGGGGGCGACGUGGAAGAGUGGGCGCUGGGGGCCCCGGGGGAGAGAGUGGAGAGCCUGGUCUUCCAGGACAGCCUGGACCCAAGGGCUUGCCUGGCCAGCUGGGAGCCAAAGGGGAAACCGGAGCAGAUGGACUGAAGGGUGCAACUGGAAGGACCGGCAUUAAGGGAGUGAAAGGUCAGAAGGGAAAUGCUGGUGCAGGCGGAGACAAAGGACAGCAAGGAGAGAGGGGUCGCCAAGGGCCUGAUGGGAAGGUCGGGCGCGUGGGACCUCCAGGCAUCCCCGGAGAAAGAGGAGAUUCCGGCCCCAGUGGAGAUGCAGGGGUCAAAGGUCGCUCAGGACCAAAGGGUGUGGCAGGUGAACCUGGCCCCGGCCUGACAGAUGACCAGGUCCUGCAGCUGUGCCAGGGCGUGGUCACUGCGCAGAUCUCCCAGUACGCUGCCUCCAUACGCUCCAAGUGUGCCCAGGGAUGCCCCAUCAACAACCGCACCCUCAUCGGGCCCCCAGGACCCCGCGGGCCCACAGGAUCUUCUGGCAAGCCUGGUAAAGCUGGCAAGACCGGGGCCAAGGGAGGGCGUGGAGUCCGAGGCCCCACAGGGGUGGAUGGAGCCAAGGGUGUGGAUGGAGAUCAAGGUACAAAGGGUCGCAAAGGAGACAGAGGGGACACAGGGAGUGGUCUGCGUGGUCAUGACGGACCCCAAGGAAUCAGAGGGUUGCCUGGACACCCGGCUAUACCCAAGGACGGAGCUGAGGGUCCUCAGGGGCCUCGUGGGUUCCCCGGGCCGGUGGGUCAGCCUGGCAUGGCGGGUCUGGCGGGCGUGCCAGGCUUCUGUGAGGCCCGGGACUGCAGUAUCCACGCGCCUGUCAUGCGCAAAGAACAGGGUCUGGUGAAGGGUCCUCUAAGCACCAAGAUGUGAGGCCCCAGCGGAGCAGACCGCAGUGGUAGAGAGUGGGCUUUAGGUCAGUCUGGAAACUCUCAACACCAGGAGUCCAGCGACAUCAUGAAAACAGUUGCUCUGGGGUUCAGCUCACUUCAAGCGAGGCUUGGACCAACAAGAGGAAAAUAACAGCAGAAACAGAAGACUACUGGACCGGAGCAGUUCUUGUUAUGAAGGCGUCACGGUUCUCAGUUCAGACAGAACUCAUUUUAUUGUUUUACACUGCAAAAGUUAAUCGUCUUUUUUUUCAGCCAGUACCUAAUGUUCAUAUUUUAUAGUUUUGUUUAAUUUUAUUAUCAGUGAAACAAUGCUGUGGGUACACCAAAAUAAAAACGUGUAAAUAAUUUUGUAAAGCA